AUGCUUAGGUAACAUUAAGAGUUUGCUAAAGUUAUCGUAAAUGAUUUUUUGGGAGGACCUAGAGUAAUCAAAUAGUGCCACAUAAUUAAUGCUUAAAAAGGAUUAACAGCCUUUUUUGUUGUUUUCCUCAUUUGGUGGUAUUAAAAUUUUUCUUUAGGUGCUUAUCUCUACUUGGCAUUGCAUGGUAGCUAUGGAGUCAUUUGGGUUGUCAAAGAUUUUACAUUUCCAGAUCGAACUUUUCAGAAUAAGAUUACGAUUGGUUCAUUAAUAUUCACUACUUUAUUAUUAAGCUUAUAUUGGGUUAUUGCCUGGUUAUAAAUAUCAAGUGGAAUACUAAAUCCAAGCAACGCUCGUGUAGUGACUGCUAUUUUUGCUUAUGUUUUUGGAGUUGUAUUAAUGAUUGUGAGCGAUUGCUAAAAAUACUAUACAUUGAAAUAUAAAUAAGGUUUGAUUACAGAAGGAAUGUUUAAAUACAAUAGGAAUCCUAAUUAUACAGGUGAAAUGGUAUUGUAUUUGUCAUUUGCAAUCCUUAGUGGACAUUGGUUAGCAUAUACUAUUCUAAUUUCCGUAUGGGUAGUUGGAUUUUAUGGGUUUAUGAUUAAUAAAGACAUUUCCUUUGCCAAAAAGCAAGGUUGGAAUGAGUAUAAAAAAUAAUCAUAUUUAUUCUUGUGGAAAAUUCAUUCAAAUGACAUCAUAAAUUAUGCAUUAUAUGGAGCAUUGGUGGCCUAUUUGAUUUGGGAUUACUAAGUAAGUGGAGCCAUUUCAUUAUUAAGAAAAUGAGUAUUUAAGUAUAUUAAAAGAAAAUAAUUUAUCAUAAUCAAAAA